GGGAGUGUAUCAUGUGUGCCACGUCUAGUGUGUAGCGAUAAGUGACAGGAGAGGGUAUAUGAAGUUGUAGAUUGUCCAUUGUUAGUUAAUUAAAGGGUAGAAAGCUAGACGUUAGAGUCUGUCAGUCAGUCGUGCAGAUAGUCACUGAGACACAGGUACCCAGAGUAGUGAGCUAGAGGUUAGAGUCAGAAGACUUAGAGUUAGUCGUUUUGGUUGGGCUCUGGUGUUUUGGACGUAUUGGGGUUAUUGUGGGACCUGCGAUCCUGCGGUGACCGUGAAGCACCAGCCAUGAUGCUAAGCCUGGGUCUCCUCUGCCUACUGGCCCUCUCUCCUUCUCUGGCUGCCCCACACCGACGCUCCCUCCCUGGGGUGAAUUCUCGUUCCGGGAACAACAAGCUGCUGCUAAUCUCUUUCGAUGGGUUCCGUUGGGACUAUGACAGGGACGUGGACACCCCUCACCUGGACACGAUGGGCCGGGACGGGGUCAAGGCAGCCUACGUCACACCCCCCUACCUCACCAUCACCAGCCCCACACACUUCACCCUGCUCACAGGUCGGUACAUAGAGAACCAUGGAGUGAUCCACAACAUGUGGUUCAACACUACGACCCAGGAGAAGAAACAGUACUACAUGACCCAGUUUGAGGAUUCUUACUGGGACAACGGGAGUCUGCCCAUCUGGAUAACAGCGCAGAGACAAGGUCUGAAGGCGGGCUCCCUCCACUUCCCUGGCACGGCCGCAACCUACAAAGGUGAGAGGGUCAAGGUGAGCCAGGUCGAACCUCGUUUCUACGAGUACAACAAUGAGACGGAAUGGAGAAUCGACAUCGACAAGGUGAUUGGUCAGUGGUUCUCAGAGGAGGACCUGGACUUUGUGUCUUUGUACUUCGGUGAACCAGACGGAACGGGACACAAGUACGGCCCGGAUUCCCCGGAACGCCGGGAGAUGGUGCGACAGGUGGACCGGACCGUGGGAUACAUCCGGGAUACGGCCCGGAAUCACGGCCUCUCCAACCGGCUCAACAUCAUCAUCACGGCCGAUCAUGGAAUGACCACCGUCCUAAGGAAUGGUCUGGUCGACGAGAUCAUCCUAUCGGAGAUUCCGGGAUUUGACUUCCGGGAUAUCAAGUUUCACCUGGUGGACUACGGGCCAUCAGGAAUGCUUCUUCCCAGAGAGGGAAUGCUGGAGAAGGUGUACCAAGCCCUGAAAGGAGGCCACCCUCACUUGCAUGUGUAUAAGAAGGAGGAUAUGCCCGCCAGACUUCACUAUAGUAACCACCCUCGCCUCCUGCCCCUGAUUAUAUUCGCUGAUCGAGGAUACGUCAUCAAUGGGUUGUUCCCAGUCCAGUUCAACAAGGGAGAGCACGGCUAUGAUAACCAGGUGAUGGACAUGAAGCCGUUCUUCAGAGCCGUGGGGCCUGACUUCCAGAAGAACUUGGUGGUGGGACCCUUCGAGACAGUCAAUGUGUACCCGCUGAUGUGUCACCUCCUGGGCAUCACACCGGAGGUCAACGAUGGGUCCCUGGAGGUCACCCGCCAGAUGCUGGUCCCCAAGAAGGACCUGGGAUCCUAUGAGAACAGGGAAUAUCCAGUGGGACGUCUUCAUCGGCCUGUCAUCGGUCGCUGGUUUCCUGGCUCUGGUGUUUGUUGUCUCCACAGCUCACGCCAUGUUGAAAAGGACCAAAAUGAACAGGAGAUCUAAAGUCACCAAGGAGGAUCUCAAAGAAAAAGAGGCCAAUAUUAAACAAACUUCCUUUUAAAGGCUAUGGACUUUGUGGGCGGUCAUUUGUUUAGCAAAGUUAUUGGUCUCCUGCAAAAAAAUGGUGAUUUGUGUGCUAAAAUCCUAAUAGCGGAGGUGCAUAAAGAUGGCAGCUCCCAUGUACUUACCACAAAUACCCGUUUGCUAAAUUCGCCCUGUUGUACAUUGCUCUCCGUUACUCUUUUUUUUGUAUCGGCAUUAGCGCAGUAUACAUGUACAUGAUCCCGAUUCUAGUUCCAGGACGGCGGCAAUAAAAAAAAAAAUGAGAAAGUAGAUUGUGCUGAUUUACUGGCAAAUUGAACCAUGUUGUGCGCCAAAGUUUAAGAACUUAAAAAAAUAUACAGUUCUUCAAAGUACAAAUUACAAAUAUCUGGCACAAAUAUUUGUUAAGCAAAUUAUCAGCAAUCAACAACUUACAUCAGUACAUCACACACAUCUACCACAAAACAAAACACAAAGGUAAAACAAGAAAAUAUCUUAAAUACAUAUUAAUAAUAAUAAUAAUAAUAAUAAUAAUAAUAAUAAUAAUAAUAAUAAUAAAGUGCAAUUUGUAUUCACUCAAAAAAUCGCAUUAUAAUGAUUCAAGAUGUCAUUGUUGUAUUAUUAACUAGGGAUAAUGUCUUAACUAAAUGAUUAAAUUCAAUCAGAAGUAUUUUAAAUGUUGGUAUUAUUUCUGGAAUUUUUGUUUGUGU